GACGCUUCAGGCGGGCAGUUUUGAUAUUUCGCGUUUGGAGCUUGCGAUCACGACAUCGUUUCUUGGCUUUCCGAUCCCCAUUUUAAGCCCACAUUGUUCCCGCCUCCACUACUACUACGACUAUAUUAUCUCCCUCCCCAGGUCUGCUUUGGGAUUUGGAUUAAUAUCCCUGGAGACAUUGUGUGUUUUCCCAGUUUAUAUACAUCGGACCCUCUCCCCCCUCGGUUUUAUCUUCUGUGCAAGUGUUCCAUCUACCGCGCCCCCAACAGAACCGAGUGAUCUAGUGGUUCCGGGCACUUUUUAGCCCUACUCUAUCAAGCUCGCCGGUAUCGCCACCCGAGUCGACCACACCGAUCAUGUCGAAAGACUUCACAACCAAAGUCGGUCAUGGGCUGGCCAAGGGUCUGGGGAUCAAGACGCCCUACCGGGAUCCCCUGGGCGCCCAAGCCGAUCCGGUUACCAGAGGCGAAUCGACCUUUUCCUACGGCACUAUCGACACCUAUUCCUAUCUUGAGCAGGAGCCGACCACAGCUGAAUGGUUCAAGGAAAUCACCCCUAGCUGGGAUGAUGUAGCUCGGUACUUUUACAGAUUAUUCCCCUUCCUCUCGUGGAUCACGAGGUACAAUACACAAUGGUUCUUGGGUGAUUUGGUCGCUGGUAUCACUGUGGGCGCUGUUGUCAUUCCCCAAGGAAUGGCCUACGCCAAACUGGCUGAAGUACCUGUUCAGUAUGGACUCUAUUCGUCUUUCAUGGGUGUCCUCCUCUACUGGUUCUUCGCGACGUCCAAAGAUAUCACCAUCGGUCCUGUCGCUGUUAUGUCUACUUUGGUUGGAACUAUCGUUCUCGAUGCCGAGGAGAAGCUUCCAGAUGUUCCGGGGCACGUCGUUGCCUCGUGCUUGGCUAUUCUCUGCGGUGCUAUUGUCUGUGCUAUGGGGUUGCUUCGCCUUGGAUUUAUUGUGGAUUUCAUCCCAUUGCCCGCCAUCUCUGCUUUCAUGACUGGUUCGGCUCUCAACAUCGCCUCUGGUCAGGUCAAGAACCUGCUCGGCGAAUCCGCAUCUUUCUCCACUCGCGAUGCAACCUAUAUGAUCAUCAUCAACUCGCUCAAACACCUGCCUUCCGCUGGCAUCGACGCUGCUCUGGGAGUGACCUCCCUGGCCAUGCUGUACAUGAUCCGCUCGGGCUGCAACUACCUUGCUCGCAAGUACCCUCGGAAGGCUAAGGUCUGGUUCUUCGCCUCGACCUUGCGUACGGUCUUUGUUAUUCUGUUCUACACGAUGAUUAGUGCAGCUGUCAACCUACACCGCAAGGAUGAUCCUAUGUUCAAUGUCAUCGGCAAAGUUCCACGGGGCUUCAAAGAUGCCCGUGUUCCCCGCGUUGAUGCUGAGGUUAUUUCAGUCUUCGCCAGCCAACUCCCCGCCUGCGUUAUCGUCCUUCUCAUCGAACACAUCGCCAUUUCGAAGUCCUUUGGUCGCGUUAAUAACUACACUAUCGACCCAUCCCAGGAACUCGUCGCUAUCGGUGUCUCGAACUUGCUCGGGCCCUUCCUCGGUGCUUACCCUGCUACUGGAUCCUUCUCUCGCACUGCCAUCAAGUCGAAGGCUGGUGUCCGGACUCCGUUGGCCGGUGUUAUCACGGCUGUCGUCGUGCUGCUUGCGAUCUAUGCCCUGACCGCCGUCUUCUUCUACAUUCCACAGGCCGCCCUCUCCGGUGUCAUCAUUCAUGCUGUUGGAGACUUGAUCACCCCUCCCAACACCGUCUACCAAUUCUGGCGCGUCUCACCGAUCGAUGCGCUGAUCUUCUUCAUCGGUGUCUUUGUCACUGUUUUCUCGUCUAUUGAGGAUGGUAUCUACUGCACCAUUUGUGUCUCUGUGGCAGUGCUUCUGUUCCGUGUCGCCAAAGCCCGUGGCCAGUUUCUCGGCCGCGUCACCAUCCACUCGGUCAUUGGCGACCACCUUGUGCAGGGCGAUGGCAAGUAUGGGUCGGGCAACAACUCCAACUCUCCCGGCAGUGACGAGGACGGUUCUCGCCGCUCGAUCUUCCUUCCGCUCAACCACGCCGACGGCUCCAACCCCGAUGUGGAGUUGGAACAGCCGUACCCCGGUAUCUUCAUUUACCGGUUCUCCGAAGGAUUCAACUACCCGAACGCCAACCACUACACCGACUACUUGGUCCAGACCAUUUUCCGGGAGACGCGACGCACGACCCCGUUCUCCUACGAUCAGCGAGGCGAUCGGCCAUGGAACGAACCGGGCCCUCGCAAGAACACCCCCCAGGAAGAUCAGCGCUCGCAACGACCUCUGCUCCGUGCCAUCGUUCUCGAUUUCUCGUCCGUUAACAAUGUGGAUGUGACAUCCAUCCAGAACUUGAUCGACGUGCGCAACCAACUGGACCUCUAUGCGGCCCCUCGCGCUGUGCAGUGGCAUUUCGCUCAUAUCAACAACCGGUGGACCAAGCGGGCGCUGGCGGCCGCAGGUUUCGGCUUCCCGACCCCCAACUCCGACAACGGGUUCCACCGCUGGAAGCCGAUCUUCAGUGUGGCCGAGAUCGAAGGCCGGUCGUCCGCUGCCGCUCAUGCCGAAUUGCUCAACAACGAACAUGCCCAGCACGCCCAGCAUGCCGUUCACAGGCAUGACGUCGAGGAUGGCCUCAAGCACGAGGGACACACGUCAGAGCGCGAAACGCAAGGCGUUGAGGAGGCUUCGGACAUUAGCAGCGUUCCCGAUGACAAAUUGCAUCACGACCUGAAAGAUAGCAAAGCCUACCGGAACCGGCGAAAGGUGGCUGUGGUGCAGGGCAUCAACCGGCCAUUCUUCCACAUUGACUUGACCAGUGCGCUCGAGAGUGCUCUGGCCAAUGCACCGUCCGAAGAGUUCGAGUGAAGCACCCUCAGGCAAGCUCCCUGGAUGGAGCUCUGAUACGAACAUAUUCGAUGAUUUUGUUGUUGCUAUUUUCUAAUCCACAUGAUGUCAUUUGACUAAAAUAAGCGAUUGUUUGGACAUAACGGAUUUUGUGAAUACUCUUUCGGUUUCUUUGAAAGCUAUACCCCCCGAUGUCUCUUGGAUUUUUUAUAGAUGAACUAAUUGAGG